AUGUUGCGAGGACAUCAAAUCCCACAGUCGAAUGACAGCAGCAUACAGCCGUCACUGGCAGACACCUCGCACGAUGACGGCAUAGCAUCUUUGAAUGCUGAUCCUUCAGUUGCGCGUCAAACCCCUUGCCCUGCAGCCAAUGCAGAGGGUGACGAAAUUCGAUAUUCAUCGACUCAGCCAGUCGUUGAGCCUUUAGAAGCAACGACACACAGUCUGAUAAUUGUGCCACGUUCUCAGAGACGCGGCCUGUUGGGACAACUAUCGUUCGUGCCGGAGGUUGAGAGGCCAUACCAGUACAGUAACCUAACGAAAUGGGGAAUUACGGCCACUGUAUCAAUUGCUGCUUCUACCGUCCCAUUUGGAUCAACAAUCUUCUUUCCUGCUCUUGGAGACCUCUCUAAAGAUUUUCGUACACAACCCACAAUUGCAAACCUCUCCGUCGCCUUAUACAUGGUCGCAAUGUCCGUAUUCCCACUCUGGUGGUCCUCGUUCUCUGAAGAGUUUGGCCGGCGGUCCAUUUACCUCAUCUCAUUUUUUCUCUUUAUUAUUGCCUGCAUUCUUUGUGCUGUAAGCACCAAUAUUGCCAUGCUCAUUACGUUUCGUGUCAUGGCAGGCGGAUGUGCGGCCAGUGUCCAGGCCGUUGGCGCAGGGACGAUUGCAGAUGUUUGGGAAUCGAAAGAACGCGGCCGUGCCAUGAGCUUGUUCUAUCUUGGGCCGCUGCUUGGUCCUCUACUUGCGCCUAUUAUAGGUGGCGUGCUAUCCCAAAGUUUAGGUUGGCGAUCAACAAUGUGGUUCUUGUCCAUUUUUGGCCUUGUUGCAUUUUUGUUGCUGCUCUUUAUGCUCCCCGAAACCUUGGUAUCGUCGAGACAUGUUGACCGGCGUCUCCAGAGCACGCGCCCCAAGACAUUCCUUAAACAGCUGCAGCGAAUCUUUGUUGAACCUUUGGGAGUUUUGCUAUUUUUGAGAUUCCCGCCUAUUCUCAUAACUGUUAUUCUAGCUGCUAUAGCUUUUGGUGCACUAUUUAUUGUCAACAUUGCCAUACAGCAGAAGUAUGCAGAUGCCCCAUACAGCUUCAAGCAGACAAUCGUCGGGCUCCUGUAUCUUCCAACAGGAAUUGGUUCAACUUUCGCAUCGUUUCUGGGUGGAAAAUGGCUUGACUACAUUAUGGCACGAGAAGCAAAGAAGAAAAAACGGUACGAUGUAAAUGGGCAGCUUCUCUACUUGCCGGAAGACAGAAUGAAGGAGAAUAUGUGGUUGGCGAAUGCAGUCUACCCUCUCGGAUUACUCUUAUUUGGAUGGACCCUGGAGUAUGGCAUCUUUUGGUUUGUCCCGUCUAUCGGUUCGUUUCUAUUCGGGCUUUCAUCCAUGCUAGUAUUUUCUGCUGCAACAACGAUGCUCACGGAAUUUGUUCGGAAAAGAAGCUCAGCCGGUGUUGCGGUUAAUAACUUUGUUCGAAAUAUACUCAGCUGUAUUGGAACCGUGGUGGCAUCGCCGUGGAUUGACGCCAUAGGAGUGGGCUACGUCUCAACGGCUGUUGCGCUGUUCUGCUUAAUAGUUGGAUAUAGUGCUAUAUGGCUGCUCAGACGCAAUGCUGAAAAGUGGCGGGACCAAAUGGACCAGGCUUUAGAAGAAAGGUAA